AUGAGCCUUUUGCGCCGCGCCGAUAUGACAGAUGUCACAAGUUGUGAAAAAAAGUGGAAUUGAGUAGGGAAAAAUCUGUGAAAUAUUGUGCAAAGCGUUUCCAAUUUCCCCAAUUUUCCGUCUCCAUUGUGCGUUUUGUGUGCUUUUCUUCGAAACGCAGUGGUUCGUGCGUGAAUUGAGUGUGUGUGGAUGCGAGUACGGCUGGAAAUUUGCAAUUAUUUUGAUUGCCGUAGUUUUACCAAUAAUACAUAUGUGAAGCACUUGGCAAUGGAAUAUCUUGUGAAGCAGUGAGAUUUAUACAGUAAAAAAGGUGACAUCUCUUGGAUUAAUGAAAAGAACCUUUGGGAAAUACUUAAAUUCGAUUUAUAAGGACGAGAAAAAUUUAAAUUUAGAACCAAAUGACCGAAAGAUAGAGUAGUAAAAAUUUCGAAGUAAAAAUAAAAGUAAAAAAAAAGACAUUUGGUAGAUAAAAGGGCACAUUUGAUCAACUUGGAUUAUUCUCUUAAGAAAAAAUAAAUAAAUAAAAGAAAAAUUUAAAAGAAAAAAAUCUUUCUGCGAAAGUGAAUUAGCAAUGCAACAAGAAUGGGCUCGUUUCUAGAUAAACCAAAGACAGAUAAGUACAAUGAGCAUGGUGAGGGCAAUGGGCUGCGCUUUGGCGUGGGCUCCAUGCAGGGAUGGCGCUGUGAAAUGGAGGAUGCUCACUAUGCCAAGACGGGCUUAGGGGGUCAACUAGAUGAUUGGAGUUUCUUUGCGGUGUUCGAUGGGCAUGCGGGGGUUAAGGUGUCUGAACACUGUGCAAAACAUCUGCUUGAAUGUAUUGUGCAAACAGAAGAAUUUAAGCAGGAUGACAUUGUCAAAGGUAUCCACACGGGCUUUCUCAAAUUGGAUGAGAUGAUGAGGGAUCUUCCAGAAUUGGCAUCUGGUGCUGAUAAAUCUGGCACAACAGCCGUCUGUACCUUCAUCUCACCAGAUGAUAUUUACAUUGCAAAUUGUGGGGAUUCACGGGCUGUUCUCUGUCGCAAUGGUGUGCCCAUUUUCACGACACAAGACCACAAACCGGUGCUGCCGGGUGAGAAGGAGCGCAUCCAGAAUGCGGGUGGAUCGGUUGUGAUUCAACGUGUAAAUGGGAGUUUGGCGGUAUCAAGGGCCCUCGGGGAUUAUGAGUACAAAAAUGUUAAGGAUCUGGGACAGUGUGAACAAUUGGUAUCACCUGAACCAGAAAUUUUUCAUCACAAUCGCGAUCAAGCUGACAAUUUUCUCGUUCUCGCCUGCGAUGGAGUUUGGGAUGUUAUGAACAACGAGGAUGUUUGCAGUUUUAUCUACUCCCGACUCAAGAUCACCAACAAUUUGGAAGAAGUGGCUAAUCAAGUCAUUGACACCUGCUUACAUAAGGGAAGCCGUGACAAUAUGAGCAUAAUUAUAAUAGUAUUCCCGGGUGGACCGAGCCCAUCACAAGAAGCAAUUCAAGCAGAAACUGAACUUGAGGCCCAUCUAGAGAAAGCUAUAAAAGAAAUUAUAGAUUCUACACCCGGUUUGGACUACGAAAACUUACUACAACGUCUCUAUGAUGAACAUAUUCCUGGUUUACCGCCAGGUGGUGGAUUAGUUUCCAAAUGUAGAUUCAUAGCAAAAAUCUUCAAGCAGCAUUAUCCACAUUUGGCAGAAGUUACUUGCGAAGUGGGAUGUAUGUAAAUGGAUCUUGAGGGGUUAAAAAGAUUAAUUUUUUGGUAAAUGCAUCAUAAUGAAAAAAAAAUGAUACACAAAAGAACAGAAACACAAGAGAUUAGCACACAAGGAAGACAAACAAAUAAAAAGAGAGAUGGAAAAAAAAAAUUGUAGUAUAUCGGGCAAAUAAAAGUAAAAAUAAUGGAGCCGAGAAAGGUUUAUUGGACAAAAUUUGUAAAGGAAAUUUGACUGGGAUGAUUUACUAUCUACACUCUUUUUUAGAUUGGUGAAAUAUUGAAUAAGGAUGAUUAAUGAAAGAGUACUUUGUAAGAAUAAUAAAAAGAAAUGAAUAUGAUUUAUAGAGUGAGGAUGGAAAUUUUCUAUUGUAGAAGACAGAAAGAAGAGGAUCUUUAAAACAAUUUUAUUAGGAGAUGGAUAAAUUAUGAAAUGCAAAGACAUAAUUUUUAUUGGAGUAUCACAAAACCAAAAAAAACCAACGCAAUUGACUUCCUUUUGCUAAAGUAAAUAUCCCUCAAAUAAUUAAGGAAAAAUUAUUGAGGAGGGAUUUAAGGUAAAGUGGACAGAAUUGUACAUUAGAAAAGUAGAAAAAAAACUUUCUUUUUUAGUAUAUUAGUAUUAAACAAAAGAAUUAAAUUGUGGUUCACGUAAU